UUUCUUGCUCAAAAAGCAAAAGAAUUUGAAUUAUCUGUUUAUUUAUUUAGAUUGAAAAUUUCGUCAAAAAAGCAACGAGGUAAAACCCGCCGUAAAAGCCAAACGCUCAAACUCGUCUUCCUUUCCCUUAUAACAUACAGUUUGUAUUCAGUGGAGUUGCUUUUGCUCCGCAAUUGGAUUUCCGUCGAAUCUCAGUGAGCUCACCCCAGGUCAGGUUGAAGUUUUGAGAUGUCUAGGUCGGCAGUAGAUGUUCCUCCCAAGGGUGGAUUUAGUUUUGAUCUCUGCAGAAGAAAUGAUAUGCUUGCUAAGAAGGGGCUUCAGCCACCAUCUUUUCUGAAAACAGGAACUACAAUUGUUGGUUUAAUUUUUCAGGAUGGUGUCAUUCUUGGAGCCGAUACAAGAGCCACUGAAGGACCCAUUGUUGCUGAUAAGAACUGUGAAAAGAUUCAUUAUAUGGCACCAAACAUAUAUUGUUGUGGAGCAGGAACUGCUGCUGAUACAGAGGCAGUGACAGAUAUGGUCAGCUCUCAGCUGCAACUGCACCGGUACCAUACUGGUCGAGAAUCAAGGGUUGUCACAGCAUUGACCCUUCUGAAGAAACACCUUUUCAACUACCAAGGUCAUGUGUCAGCUGCUUUAGUUCUUGGUGGAGUUGAUGUUACUGGACCUCAUCUGCAUACUAUAUAUCCCCAUGGAUCAACUGACACACUGCCAUUUGCAACAAUGGGAUCUGGUUCACUUGCUGCUAUGGCCAUGUUCGAGUCCAAGUACAAAGAAGGCCUGACUAGGGAGGAAGGAGUAAAUCUUGUUGUUGAAGCUAUAUGCUCUGGUAUAUUUAACGAUUUGGGCAGUGGAAGCAAUGUUGAUGUUUGUGUGAUAACCAAGGGCCACAAGGAGUACCUUAGAAACCAUCUGUUGCCAAAUCCGCGUACCUUUGUCAAUCCGAAAGGCUUUUCUUUUCCUAAGAAAACUGAAGUUCUCUUAACAAAGAUCACUCCACUGAAGGAGAAGGUGGAAGUGAUCGAAGGAGGAGAUGCAAUGGAAGAGUGAAAACCAUCAUACGGUCAGCACGACAGGGUUGAGUUGCUUUUGCAACUUUCAUUAUAAACUUUGUAUUAGGUGGGAUGCUGAUAUUCAAAAUCUCAAUGUCCAGACAUUCACUUCUCAUGGAUUUGGUUUCGAAACUCACAUGGGGCUGGCUAGAAUAGUGUUCGUUUAA